AGAAAGUUGAGAAUACAUUGAGACAUUUUGUCACACAUGCUUUUGUGUUACAGCCUGUUCUUUGUCCUGUGUGCGUGGGCAACUGGAGGAUGUGACCUCCUACCAGAUGGAGUUCUUCACAUUGAGUGUCGUGAUCGUUACGUCAUGAUCGCCGUUAAGCUUUCAUUCACUGGACCGGAACCUCGUUUUGAGGCUGUUGACAGGACAGGCGUGCAUUCCAUCACUGGGCAGUAUGCGGCAAAAUGUGGAUACAGUGUCAGCGUCGUGAACCAUGUGGAGCUCCGAGCCUCUUACUUCAGCUGCCACACAGAUAUAAAUGAUGACAAAGUAUUCAAGUUCAACUUCAACCUGAUUGUAAACGUUGAAGGAAAGGAGGUCUCUUACGCACUGGACAAGACCUGUUCUCCCUCUCUCCCCUGGUCUCCCAGAGAAGUUACCUGUGAGACCAACUACAUGGAAGUAUCUGUGAGGAGUGAAUUGACCUGUCCUUCUGGGACGAGGAUUGACGACUGGAGCACCCUCAAACCUGUAUAUAGCGCCGUCACCUCGGAUUGGCAGGUGAUGUUUCAAAUGGCAGAAGAGCAGCUGCCGCCCAUGAACCUCUCUGUAGCCCGUAGGAGGGGUUAUUUGUUUGACCUGACAGAAGGUCGGCUGAUAUUUCGUGCACCGUAUGGACAACCUGACUCAUACAGCACUGAGGUGAAUGGUGUUCCAGUAGAGGUGGUCCAUGCAACAGUGUUCUCCAGACAAAGCUGGUUUGUCAUCAUGGUUGAUCUGGUGACUGCUUGCUCCAUGCACCAAGGAUCUUACGAUGACGACGGCUACAUGACGUGGGCGCUCCCAGAGGCGCUGUACACCAAUACUGAUGACACAAAGAUCAGUAUUGGACUCAGUGGUGAACUUAUGGAGCAGCCAGUUGCAGAGCAGAUAGGCUAUGCUGUGGAGAAACACAACGCCACAGUCCACAUCAGCAUUCCUUACAAUGCUGAAGGAGGAUACAGGGUGAGCUUUGUGGCUGAUGGUCUCUAUGAGUUGUACAUCUUCAACCUCUACUUGGCUCAAACUUUGUUGGAUGAGGAUCGUGUAGAGACCGUAAUCAGAUUUCACAGGACUCUGGUCACUCGCCCGCUGCCUCGGACACUUUUCACUGAAAACCAAACUGUUCUUGAAGAGCAAAUGUUCACGGUGUACCUCGGAGAUGUCCCUGAGGAUGUUGAGUUGGCUGCUGUUCAUGUGAAUGGACAAGAACUGACAAAUGCCAGCAGUCAGUACAUCACAAAGGUGGUUCAACCCAACAACACCCACGGCUACACUCUGAAGGUUCCCUUUGAUGACCCAGUCGUCAUUCAGGAGUUCUCCAAAGAAGAUGCAGCAAUGCAGCACACGCUGGACAUCAACUACACACUGACUGUUGUGGAUGGAAACGAGCCUUAUUACCACACGAUGUCAGUCAUGGCAUUAACAGACGCCUCUCCUCCGGUCUUUGAUGCAACUUGUUCUGACUCUGGGAUCAGCUUCAAGCUGGACCACCAGCCUUCCGACUACCUGUGGGCGAUCAGCAUCGGUUCAGAUGAGCUGACAUCAGAGCUGGCAACUCAGCGCGGCUACAUCAUGAGCAACGAUAGCCAGAGUCUGCUGCUCACUGUGCCGCUCUACACCGAUGGAUAUGAAUACAAGGACAUUACUUUGAAGGGAUUCUUUGGCACUUUUGAGAUUGUUGUGAGGCAUCGAGCGACAUCAGAGGUCCAGACUUCCACUGUCAAGACGUGUCUGUUCACGUCUACUGAACUCAUUAUGUGUUCCACUGAUGGGGUGAUGACCGUGGUGGCUGACUUGACUCUGGCCGUCCCGAGUGGAGGCACCCCAGCAAGAACCAACCUCGGGGACAAACACUGUGGACCCAAAGAAGUGGAUGGCACCAGGGCUCUCUUCUCGUUUCCACUCAACAGCUGUGGAUCCAAAGUCAAGCUUGGGAAGGAAAAUGUCACUUAUCAAAAUGAGAUCUUCUACCACAAGGAGUAUGUCGGUACAAACGAGUUUGCUUCAGAAGAUGGAGCUACUGAGAGGGUGAUCAUGCAGUGUAUAUAUCCUCUGGCUGGUCUCCAUCGCCUAUUCUCAAAGUACAAGUUUGAGUCGGACACAGACGGUGUCGGGAUCAUCAUCCACACUGCGCCGCCCACUCCUGGUUUGCUAAAUCCCACCAUCGGGCCAACUACAGGACUUCAAACCACACGUGCUCCCUCCAGGCAAACUACACAAACGCAAUCUACUGCCACAUUCUUGUCUAAUGUUCGCUACAUCAAAGUUGCCAAGCAUCAUAAUCCUGCUAGCAGCCUCAGAAAAGGAGCUGAAACGUCAUCACAGAUUAAAAUGGCUAUUGAAGUUUAAAAGUAACUUUUUUUAAAGUAAGAAAACUGAAUUUAAUAAAGAUGUUUUGUAAAAAACAAAA